GGCCAACUGAUUGAGGCUCUACAGUCAGUCGGCUACUUUGUUGCAAUGUGCGGUGACGGAGCCAACGACUGCGGUGCCUUGAAGGUGGCUCAUGCGGGCAUUGCUCUUAGCCAGGCCGAGGCUUCUGUCGCCAGUCCCUUCACCUCAGGCGUACAAAACAUCAGCUGCGUGCCCAGACUGAUUCGCGAGGGCAGAUGCGCUCUGGCCACCAGCUUUGGCACCUUCAAAUUCAUGAUGGGCUAUUCACUCACCCAGUUCACCAGCAUUAUUUUGCUUUACUCGGUAAAAUCAUCACUGUCGGACAUGCAGUUCCUCUACAUUGACUUGUUUUUGAUCACGUCUCUCGGCGUCACAUGUAAGUUCCUUAUUUAUCUGCUCCUAGUAAUUUAUCAUAUCCAAAGCUCCACCUAA